UGCACCGAGCCAUGUCGGGAAAGCUUCACCGACGUCAUUUCCUGUAAAGAUACCGUCUGCAAAGAUACGGCAGAAAACAGUGUGUGCGAAAAGUCGUGCGACUAUCUGCAGCGCAUUUUCACAGAAAAGCCUGGCGCUUGUCCGAAAUUCGCCAAUCAGUCCAACUAUGAAUGCACAGCGCUGUGCCAUCUCGACGGCGACUGCCCAGAAACGGGAAAAUGCUGCUCGUAUGGUUGCAGUCGACAGUGCGCGCUCCCGAAAGGACGAGAUCCACGACUGUUGCCCAUACCGAGCUCGAUUUCCGUUCAGGAACGGAAGAGGAAACGCUCCAUCAUUAUUCGAUGGGUGAUGCAGAAGCUGAGCCGUGAACAAAACGCCGCCAACUCAAAUCUCUACGUGGUUCAAUGGCGAUGGGGUCUGCAACCGGACGGUGAGAGCAUGACCGAAUGGCAAACAGUCACUGUGCGAAACAAGCCAUAUGCAAUUCUGAAGCAUCUACUGUCACCUGGUCGUUAUUAUCAGUUCCGAGUCGGCGCCGUCAGCGUCCAUGGAAGCCUUGGGUUCAGCCAGCCAUCGCAGCCCUUCAAACUUUCAAAAGAAGCUCGGGCUCCAUCAUCGCCACGUGACAUAUCCCUUGGCGCUUCAAAGCUCACCCCGAUUGGCCUUUGGAAUCAAAUCGUUCAAUGGACACCGCCGGCCAGCGACCUACCCAUCAAGAAUUAUCAGCUUUCAUGGGCCGUGUCAUCCGCUUCCGAAGCGAAUGCUUUUGAAGAAAUGAUGCGACGACGUGCCACGCUCACUACCACCCACGAGAAAAGAAGUCUUGAUGAAGAAGAAGAGGCCUGGGGUAUCGAUGGACGGGAUCGUCACUCCGUGAUCGUUCCCAGUCACACCACCCAAUCUGAGCUCUCUGGACUGUUCCCGAAUUCUGUCUAUAUUGUUGAGAUACACGCUUCUGUGGAUUCAAGCGAAGGUGAACUACACGGUGAGAAGGGCAUCAUUUUUGUGCGAACGUUGAAUGCCACCACAUCGCAGAUUCUCAAGGAGCCUCCAAUCGGUUAG